AUGUCUCAAGAAAAUAAUGAAGUAAUUAUGAAUGAUGAAACGAACGAUUGUACAGAAGAAAAUUUAAAUGAAUAUUUUAAUGAAUUCAAAAAAAGAGAACAUGUGUAUUUAGCCUGUAUAUCAUCCUUGGAAAAAGAAAUAUGUCAAACACAUACAUAUUUAAAUGAAUGGAGAAGUAUGCAUCUGUAUGAUGAUGAAGAUAAUAAAUCAUCAAAAGAUAUUAUAAAUAUUAAUUCGUUAAGAAAUUUAUUAAUUGACCCAUGUAUUAAUUUGGAAAUAAAGGAAUUAAGACAAAAAAUAUAUGAAAUAACUAGAAAGUGCAAUUUAGCUGAAGAAAAAUUACAGGGAUGUAACUUCGAUGCACAAGCCACUGCAGGACAGAGAUUAAUAAACAAAUGCAAAAAACUACAAGAAGAGAAUUAUGAACUUGGAAAAACAUUAGAAGAAAAUAACUUACAAUCUUUGUCAAUACAAAUUUUAAAUUUAAAGCAACAAAUUGUCUUUUAUAAAAAUGAAUUAAAAAUACUGAAAGAAUUGAAUGCUGAUAUUGAUGAAGAUAACGAACUUUUAAGCCAGCAAUUAGCUGAACUAACUAAAAAAUAUACACAAAUUACUGAAGAAAAAAGUGAAUUAGAAAAAAAUAAUUUAAAAUUAAAUAAUUAUAUUAAUUCACUAAAAUCAAAGUUAGAUAAAUAUAAUGAAAUAUCAAAAGAUGAACAGGAACUUAAAAAGAAAAAUAAUUAUUAUUCUUCUAAUAUUUCUUCUGAAAAUAAUGCAAAUGAUGAAAUUAAUAAAAAAAAUCAAGAAUAUAAAGAUGAGGAAGAAGAAUAUGCAGAAGAAAUGGAGGAUAAUGAUAAUGAAGAAGAUGAAAAUGAUCAAAAUAAUGAAGACUAUGGAGAAAGAAAAGAGGAGGAAGAAGAGUAUACAAAUGAAAAUGAUAGUUAUAAAAAAAAAAAUUCAGAUGAAAGUAGAGAGAGGAAACAUAAAAAAAUGGAUAAAUACUAUAAGGACAAAAAGUAUGAUAAAGAUAAAUAUAAGUUGAGAGAAAAAGAAAAAGAAAAAAAUAGAAAAGAUAGAAUAAGAGAAAAAGAAAAAACAAAAGAAAGAAUUAAAGAAAAACUAAAAGAAAGAGAGAAAAUUAAAAAUAAAUAUAAAAAUAGAAAUAAAGAAAAGGCUAAAUCAAAAACUAAAAAGGAACAAUAUGAUAGUAAUUAUUCAGAACAAAAAAGAAAAUUUAUAAAAGAUCAUGAUAACGAUUUCAGAGAAACUUCUAGAACGGAUAAAUUUGAUCAUUCCAAUAAUAUUUCAAAGAAUGGUGACAUAGAAGAUAAAACAAGUGAAUGUAGCAGCGAAAGAGAAAGAUCAUGUAGAAGAAAAGAAAGAAGCAAAAAUAAAUGCAAAGAAAAAUAUAAAAGUAGGAAAAGAAUUAAAAUAAGAAGCAAUGAUGAGAAAGAUGAUACUUACGAUAAAAAAUCAAAUGGAAAAUCUUAA